UCGACUCGGGUGCUUGUCCGAGCCCCCUCUUCUCUUCGGUCUCCCCCUAUUUCCCCGAGCCCUAUUUCUCCGUUUCGCUCGGGGAGCGGCCACGGAGCUGCGGCGACAGAGCCCCGGAAGCGCGGCGGGAGCGACGUUCCGCCGUCCGCCCUCGGAGAGUUCACGGAAGCACCUCUCUUUUUUCCUUGUUGGGUAUCGAGGACCUGAAGCUAGCUCCUGGCUGAAGUUUUAGCUUGAGAAUAUUCUCCCAGUUGAUAAAGUAUCAUGUCAUCAGGAAGUAAGGGAAUGGCAUGUGUUUACAGAUAUGGCAUAUUGGUGAUCUUUCUUUCUUGGGGUGUGUUGUCUUAUUGUUCAAUUGUCUAUUAUCAUGGCUUCUUUGUAUCAGCUUCAUUACUUGUGUCUUCUAGUGAAGAUGAUUAUUUCCGCUGUGAAAGUGUCGUAAGAAAUUGGGCAGAUGCUUCAAGUGAAAGAGGAAUAAAAGAAGAUGAAUUAACUCUAAAGGAUAUACUAUUUUUUCUGCAUGUUCCGAGAACUGGGGGACGGACAUACUUCCAUUGCUUUUUGAGAAAAAUUUAUACGAGUGCUCAAGAAUGCCCACGUUCCUAUGAUAAAUUACGAUUUGAUCCAAGCAAACCCAAUUGCAGAUUGGUGGUUACUCAUGAUGACUAUAGUUUGAUGUCCAAACUGCCUAAGGACAUGACCUCAGUGGUAACAAUUUUGAGAGAUCCAGUUGAUCGUGUGUUCAGCACGUAUGAAUUUUCUGUGGAGGUUGCAGCUAGAUUUCUUGUGCAUCCAAAUUUGACUUCAGUAGCCCAGAUGUCUAGACGAAUACGCCCAAAAUCUCGUGCUGUUAGCACAUUGGAUAUAUGGCCUUGGAAGUAUUUGGUUCCUUGGAUGAGAGGGGACUUAUUUGCACGGAGGGAUGCUAGAGAACUUGGGAGACUUAGAAAGACUGAAGAAUUCAGUAGCCCAUAUGACAUGGAAGACAUGGUUAUGCCCUUACAUGAGUUCAUCAAUGACCCUAUAGCUCAUGACAUCAUUCACAAUGGAGCUACUUUCCAGGUAGCAGGACUAACAAACAACUCAUAUGCUGUAGAAUCACAUCACGUGCGUAGUUGUGUAAGGAAGCACCCAGAACUUGGCCAUUUUGUACUAGAGGUCGCGAAGCAUAGGUUGGAUCAUAUGCUAUAUGUUGGUCUCACUGAAGAGCACAGGAAAUCUGCUACCAUGUUUGCCAAACUGGUUGGAGCACAAGUACUUUCCCAGUCUGAAGCCUUGAAUUCUACCUUCAAGCAGGAAACAUCCAACCAAACUGAACCAAGCUCCUCUUUUUCAGAUUCUGAAGCUGAUGGUUUAAACCAGAUUGAGGGUAGCACCAACAAUCAAAGUGACAGUGAAGUUCCUUCUUCAACUCAUGUUGAACCUGCAAGAGAGAAUAUGACAGUUGGAAGGUUGAUGGAGAUCUAUGAAACAUGCAUUUCCAGUUUACGAAAAACCCAGGCAUCUCGCCGGACUCUGUCUCUUAAAAGAGUUGCUCCUGCGAACUUCUCAAAAAAGGCACGCCUAUCUGUUCCUGCAACAAUUCUGCAGCAAAUCCAAUAUCUGAACAGUCUUGAUGUGGAACUUUACAAACAUGCUCAAAAUAUAUUCAUACGGCAGGAGAAACAUAUCAUGCAAAGUGCUGAAAUUUUCAUUCAGCCAGAGGACCUGCAGACAGCAGAUUGUGGCGGCUCAUAUGGAUGCCCACCUUGGAAAUCACUCUUAGUCAUUGCAUUGCUGGCGAUUGUUGUUCUUAUCAUGCUGUUUCUAUCGACAGGGAGAAGGACUAACAAAGUAAAGAAAUGAUGAUAGGAUGACAAACUGUGUAAUCUUCUCAAGCACAAGUCGGAUUGGUUGGUGUGAAGUUUUGUGAAUGCUGAAACGACUUCUGCUGCAAAAAAAGAUUAUAGAAUGCAAAUGAAGAAAAGAAACGACAGAGCUCAAUAGAUUCGACAUCAGAUAUUAUUUGUUGGUCUCGUUAUUGUGUUAGAUCUCCAUUGUGGGCGGCUCGUCUCCUUUUCGGUGUUCUUGUUCUUCCACUUCCAAAAGGUGGGAGUAAAACCCAGCUUUGUUCACUCAAUUCAGGAUUAAAAUGGAGCUGUCCUGUCCGGUACAUAAUUUGUU